CAAUAAAAUAAAUGUCGUGAAACAGCAAGAAACCUCUUCAAGAUUUUACCAUCAACCGGCAUGAAAAAAUGGCGACCGAUUAGGAUGCUAUGCUAGUAAUGUUCUACUCAACAGAGCAGCGUAAACUAUUGAUUGUUCUGGUGGCGCAUUGUGUUUUUAGACUAAACUCUCUGCCAUUACCUGAUGGAGCGAGAAAACUGGAGGACUCUGACUCUGUGAGUUGUGUAAGCGUCACCUUUAUCAACACCUGCAAAAGGCCAAUAAAGAUCUGGAAAACAAUGUCGCCGACAACAUUCAAGGGCUUCAUUAUCUCAGGAAACAUUUAUCGAAUGAAGACGAUGGUGCUUGACCAACGGAAACCGGUUGUAUUUCACGCAGAGGAUCUGGGUUCUAACCACUCAAAUCAACUUUUACUGGAAGGACAGGAGUCGCUUUCAAUUCUGCCAUUUGAUUGCGACGACAAAUUUGUUAAUGUUACAGUUAGCUGUCGGCCUAGCUAAACAGAGUAGAUUGAUCACACCUAUCAUCUUAAGUUUCACCUUCAUGUGGACGUCUCGGAAAGCAUAUGUCAGUUCGAGAUACUAUCUGUGAGGAACUUUGCCCUUCGACACCUGAGGGUGACUAUCGCUAGCAUCUAAUUUCUCCUUACAAUAUCACCCCUGAAUCACAGAUUAAGGUUACGAGAAUAAAGGAA